ACAGCCGGUGUCUGUACCUUUUGACAGCUCUGCAAGGUGCUAGAGGGACAGGAUCUGAGAGUCCUGAAUAAGCAUUGAUCUUUUUCGCGACAGACUUACUCCAAUCACAUCAAACGUCGUCCUCCUUUUAUCAGCGUCUAAUCUCCUAUACAGUUUCAGGCACGACCCUGCUGGCACUGAUUGUGCCCCUUUGUGUUGGGUGCUGCAGACCUGACCCUCCGGGAGGAGGUCUGGCACGGGUCACACUGCCAUGCACUGAUUCCCCUCCUCCUCCUCCUAGUGUGCACCUCCUCCUCAGCGAUCCCCAGGACAUAAAUGAUAGAGGAUACCAUGACUUUGCUGUCUCUCCUGGGUAGGAUCAUGCGCUACUUCUUACUCAGACCGGAGACCCUCUUCCUGCUGUGCAUCAGCCUGGCCCUGUGGAGUUAUUUCUUCCACACGGACGAGGUGAAGACAAUCGUGAAGUCCAGCAGGGAUGCCGUGCAGAUGGUGAAGGGGAAGGUGGCAGAGAUCAUGCAGAAUGACCGCUUCGGUGGUCUGGAUGUUCUGGAGGCGGAGUUCUCCAAGACCUGGGAGUUCAAGAGUAACAAUGUGGCCGUUUACUCCAUCCAAGGCAGGAGGGACCACAUGGAGGACCGAUUCGAGAUCAUCACCGACUUGGUCAACAAGAGCCACCCUUCUAUCUUCGGCAUCUUUGAUGGGCAUGGAGGGGAGUCUGCAGCUGAAUAUGUGAAAACCCAUCUUCCUGAGGUGCUAAAACAACAUCUUCAAGAUUUUGAAAAAGAUAAAGAGAACAGCGUGCUCUCCUACCAAACAAUUCUGGAACAGCAGAUUUUAGCAAUAGACCGUGAAAUGCUGGAAAAACUCACAGUGUCCUAUGAUGAAGCAGGUACUACAUGCUUAAUUGCAUUAUUAUCGGAUAAAGAGCUCACUGUUGCAAAUGUUGGGGAUUCGCGUGGUGUCUUGUGUGACAAGGAUGGUAACGCUAUACCUUUAUCUCAUGAUCACAAGCCGUAUCAGCUGAAAGAAAGAAAGAGGAUUAAACGAGCCGGUGGCUUCAUCAGUUUCAAUGGCUCUUGGAGAGUUCAAGGUAUUCUGGCAAUGUCCCGCUCUCUUGGAGAUUAUCCUCUGAAAAACCUCAAUGUCAUUAUCUCCGACCCCGAUAUUCUAAGUUUUGAUCUGGACAAAAUACAACCAGAAUUCAUGAUCUUGGCUUCAGAUGGUCUGUGGGACGCCUUCAGCAAUGAAGAAGCUGUCCGGUUUAUCAAGGAGCGUUUGGAUGAACCUCAUUUUGGAGCCAAGAGUAUUGUGCUUCAAUCAUUUUACAGAGGAUGCCCCGAUAAUAUAACUGUUAUGGUGGUAAAGUUCAGGAAUAGUAGCAAAACAGAAGAACAAUAAAGUCUCCCUACAAGUGGACUUCUGACAACUUAUUUUAUUUUUACUCCGUAGCAAAAUGUGGAAACCGUAUUAAAAUUGUUCUACAAACUCAUACCCAUGACUUAGACAUAGACAAUGGACAUAUGCCGCUAAUGUAUCCAUUAUCUAUUUAAUAAUGAACACACAAAAAUUAUAUACUCUUUGACCCAACAUUAUUACUCCAUUAGCAAGCAAUUAUCUGUAUUAAAAAAAAAAAAAGUGUUAUUCUAGUCGAGAUGUUAAUCUAUUUUCUGACGGUGGGGUCAUAACAUUGAGCACUCAGAAAUGUCUUUCAAAAUGCAUUGUGUCAAGCUGUAGAACAGAAUAUUUAUUCACUGUAUGUUUUUAGAAAACCUGUUUGUGCUAUGGAAUUUGUUUUUUACCUUCAGUGAUCAAGGAAAAUGUGCCUCCAGAAUAAGAGAUUGCUUAUACUUAUUCAGAAUGUUUUUAGUUUGUCUCUUAAUAAAUUGGAUGUAUAAUAAGGGGGUCAUUUAUCACUUACAAAAAAAAAAUAAGAAAUAUUUUUUUUGGCAUCUUGGUCUAAAUUUUCUGCAUUAAGUAUAAAAAUGAAUUUGCUGCAGUAAUGCAUAAUGACCCCCAUUCCAAGCCAUCAGAAUUUCUGUGCAAAACAUUACAUUGAAGGUUGAGUGAUUUGAUUUGCUUCUUUUUCUAAGCUAUUUCAAUCUAUUAGAAGAGCCGCUAUAUCUGUUAGUAAAACUGCUACAUAACACGUAACAGGAAAAUGUUAUUGAAGUGAUAGAAAACACCUUACAAGACAUUUCUGCUAUAGAACAACAUAUCAUCCAAGUCUAAGUGUUUUACUGCAAUUAAUUUUUCAAUAGCCAAAUUUCAGCCACCAUUUUCCUUAUUUGGAGAAGCGAGUCUGUGCUUUAGUCCACAGACAACAAGGCUAGCCACUGUCAUUAAGUUAAUAUAAAAUGAAUAAUUUUGCAGUUGUUAUUCGAUAAAGCCAAUUAGAAACAGAUAUGUAGUACAGUUAACCUUAAUAAGUCAGUAGGGCGAAUUUCAAGUUCUGAUAAUAAAAGAUUGCUUAAUUUUCAGAACUAAAUUACAAGAAAAGAGGGCAAAAUAAACAAUAUAAAUGCAUUGAAGAGUUCUUUUAUUAUGUAUAACUAAACAUUUUAUAUAAAAAUCUAAUCUGUUCACUGUCCCUUUAAACACAAGACAAACUAUAAGAAACAGGCUUUUCUAGAGUUUUUUGGAUUGAUUUUUCUCACCUUAGUGGUUGCAAAAGACUGUGGGUAAAACAUGAUGUUAAUUGAUUGAAUAUUAAUAAUAGUAAUAACAAGAUCCCCAUAAUAUCAAUGUGUUGUGUGUGCAAUUAACAGCUUCAUAUACGUGUGCCAUUUUAUUACUCAUGUUUGGAACGCUCACACUCUUGCAAAUGAAAAUUGUGAUAUGUGUAUUUAAGUUUCACAAGUUUUGUAGCUUAGAUGUGUGUUUUAGCCACAUAUUUAUUUUUAAUAACACUAGGAAAUGAUCUUUUGAAAACUGCAUGCGGAAACACUUUUAACCUUAAACAAAAGAAGUGUGAGCAUUACAUGCCAAGUGGUAAAGGCCUUUAAAUUUGUCCAAGAAACCGGGAGGAAAACUGUCUGAUAUGUGUUUUCUGACGAAUUGGAAUACAACUGAUCAAAUUAAAUAAAUGCAAAGCCUUGGUAAAGCUAAAAAGUGCAAAGCCCAUACGAUUGCAUGAUGAGUGGGUUUUCUCAUGGAAUAGAAAUGCCUCGGAUUUGAAAUUUUGUGGAAAAAAAACCCCACACAAAACAGUUCUUGUGGCUCUUAUAAUGGAUUGGAAUACACCCCGUUGUUGGCCAGAAAACAAGCAACAAUUUUAGAUACAGCACAGUUUUAUCAACAAAUAAUGAAAAUCUCUGUAAUCUUGAAAUUUCAAGGGUUACAAAAUAAAGACAAAAUAAAGACGACAAAAAAUAAUAUAUUUAUUUUA